CGGCUGCCCUGCUCCUUCGUUUCAUCAGCUCUCUCUCUCUCUCUCUCUCUCUCUCGCAUCUUGGGAUUUUCCUUUUCUGCUUUCCGCUUUCCGCUUCGCAUUUGUGGCUCUGAGAGACAGAAUUCAUUCACAGAGAGAAUCAAAGAUGGCUCUGAAGCUCAAUCCCAUCGCCUUCCAUUCCCAAAAGUACUCUUCUUUGGCUCUCCCACCAAUGGCCAGCCUCAGAUCUCCCAAGUUUUUCAUGGCCUCCACUCUCCGCUCAGGCUCCAAGGAGGUUGAGAAUCCAAAGAAGCCUUUUAGCCCCCCACGUGAGGUUCAUGUUCAAGUAACACACUCCAUGCCACCACAGAAGAUAGAGAUCUUCAAAAACCUAGAAGAUUGGGCUGAGCAGAACAUAUUGGUGCACCUUAAGCCAGUGGAGAAGUGUUGGCAACCACAGGAUUUUCUGCCUGAUCCUGCUUCUGAGGGAUUCCAUGAUCAAGUCAAGGAACUAAGGGAGAGGGCAAAGGAGAUUCCUGAUGACUACUUUGUUGUUUUGGUUGGAGAUAUGAUCACAGAAGAAGCCCUUCCAACUUACCAGACAAUGUUAAAUACCUUAGAUGGUGUCCGGGAUGAAACAGGAGCAAGCCCAACUUCUUGGGCAAUAUGGACUAGAGCUUGGACUGCUGAAGAGAACAGGCAUGGUGACCUUCUUAAUAAGUAUCUCUAUCUAUCUGGACGUGUAGACAUGAAGCAAAUUGAGAAGACAAUUCAGUACUUGAUUGGCUCAGGAAUGGAUCCAAGAACAGAAAACAGUCCCUAUCUUGGUUUCAUUUAUACGUCAUUCCAAGAACGAGCAACUUUUAUCUCACAUGGGAACACUGCCAGACUUGCAAAGGAGCACGGUGACGUCAAGCUGGCUCAAAUUUGUGGUACUAUUGCCUCAGAUGAGAAGCGCCAUGAAACUGCUUACACUAAGAUAGUGGAAAAGCUCCUUGAGAUUGACCCUGAUGGCACUGUCCUGGCUCUUGCUGACAUGAUGAGGAAGAAAAUCUCUAUGCCUGCCCACUUGAUGUACGAUGGCAGUGAUGACAACCUAUUUGAUCACUUCUCAGCUGUUGCUCAGCAGCUUGGUGUCUACACUGCCAAGGACUAUGCGGACAUAUUGGAAUUUCUCGUUGGCAGGUGGAAAGUGGAAGAACUUACAGGACUUUCUGGAGAAGGACGAAAAGCUCAGGAUUACGUUUGUGGGUUACCUCCAAGGAUUAGACGGCUGGAGGAAAGAGCUCAAAGCAGGGCCAAGCAAACACAGUCCGUUCCAUUUAGCUGGAUCUUCGACAGGGAAGUGAAGCUGUGAGUGAAGGAGCAGACAUGAAGUUCAGUUAGACACUCCCUCAACACAAAUCUCUGCUCAAGAUCCUGAAAAACCAGGUAGAAAUUUUGAGUUGUUCUGCAAGUUCCAUUUUGAUGUUGCUGUUGUGUGAAGUAGUUUUGCUCAGGGGGACUCAGGUUGGUUGUAGAUAUGGUUGUUUCUGUUAUCUGUUGCCUUUAGAUCUCCAUAUAGGUGCAUCUGCAGCUUUGUUGUUUUCUUUUAUUAUGAGUGAGUGAAUGUUCCUAUGUCAGUUUAUAAUUGAUAUUGAUUUUGUGAUCCUUGAAAGAAUGAAUUUUCACUAGUUCUUCA